ACAUAUGUUUACCCUCUACUCUGGUCUAUUUUAGGACUAUGUUUUGCACUGGACCCUUUAAAUGUCCCUCCAUCCCUCCAUCUUUCCCACUCCUCUCUCACCGUCACCUACCAUGGAGAGAAGCCUCCUGGCCCACCACUGGACACCACGGUCAGGAGAUCGAUGACCUCUGACCCCAGGGUUACGCUGGCCCUCCCCCAGGUCUGCGCUGAUGUUGUCAUUGCACGAGGACAGUAUUACUGGGAGGUGGAUGUCUGCAACAGCUCCAUCUACAGAAUCGGUGUGAGCUCACUGGAUGGUUCCAGCAGCUGGUGGCUUGAAAGGCAGGGCUCAUCUUUUAGUGCAGUGUAUGAUGGGAGCCGAGAGCCGCUCUACACUGUCCCGCCUCAGAUCAAAACCAUCGGUGUAUUCCUUAACAUCGGAGGGGGCGCCCUGAGCUUCCACAACCCUCUGACCCGGGAGCACUUAGCCACACUGCCUACGAGUUUCAACCCUUCUGGAGUUCUCCCAGCUCUGGGCCUGGGCCAGGGUCGACUGAAGCUGCGCUGUGGCCUCCCCCCGCCUCCUCAUGUGUUCCUCAGUAAGGACUCUGCCUACAGGGGACCUUGUGGGGCUGGUGGAGGACGGUGGCACAGGGAGAUUCCCUUUCAAUCAGUGAGGAAAGUGAUACAGAAGUUUGAGGAGCUGGUUGUGUCGGACUCAGACUCAGGCCUGGUGUCCAGUUUAGGAUCAUCCUGCUCCACCUUCUCGUCCCUUCCAGAUCUGGGGGUUCCUGGGAUGUUUCCCUCUGGAAAAGCAGGACAGGGAACUGGGACUGAAAAAGAAAGUCUUUAAUGGGAGCAUCAGAAGCACACCCACCGCUCCUCUGAGUGGUUUGAUCUUUGGCUGUCAUUUGAAAAGCUAAUUUUUCAUCUUGAAGGACUUAUGGCUGCCUCUUUCCACUCUCUGCGUGACCCCAGACCAGCAAUUGACUCCCUCCCCAGGACACAACCCUUUCUCUCAACCAAACAACCCCUGCUGGUUUUGGAUCGAGCCAGAAAGAGUCCUCUGUAAUGUGAAUUGUGAGGAAACUGUGGGCUUUUAGCAGCAGGACUUGUUGAUUUGUCUCUGUAUGGCGGUUGUCACCCAAUAGGGGUCCUACAAUAGAACUGCACACCAUCCUGCGUGUGUGUAUGUGGGUACAAGCACCACUCAGAGUACAAGUGUUUGCUCAGUCACAUUUGUGUGUGUGUGUGUGUAAACAAGAGGGAACAAUGUACAAGGGGCAGGGGGUGAGAUGACGAGGUGUGAGUACAGUGUCACCAGCGGUGUUGACACAGAGCAGCAAGGACAGGUGGUAACAUAGAUUUAUCCCACGGCCGUGCCUUCGAUAGGACAGUAGGACUGCCCUUUACUGACCCUUUGAAACCCCCAGGGCUCCCAAAGACUUCAAAAGGGGGGGCAGAGAGCAAGAGAACAGAGAGGGAGAAAGAGAAAACAGCAUGCAUGAAUUAAAGACAGCAGGUGAUGACCUGGUAAAAAAAAAAAAAAAAAAGAAGGAAUCCCAACAGUUUUCAUGCCAAGAAGCUCUAAAUACAUUAACUGACUAAGGCCACACCAUCUGAGAAUUUGAUUUAAAGUAGUACUGAGCUGCUAUUUUACAUUAGAAGCGGUGAAUACUGAUUGCAGUACAGAGACGCAUUAAUUAUCUUGGCACAUUUUUCAGAUGUGGAAUAAAAAUUUACAUUUGAACCCUAAUUAAGGGUUUUCAGCAACUUAACCCUCCUCUUGUGUCUCAUGACUUUUAGCUCCACAGACCCCAGGUUUUGUUUGCAUGUAAGACACAGAUUUAUUUUUGAGCGAUUUUGGCAAAGAAAAUAGUGAAAGUAAACUUUUCCUUCUUUUCUCCUUCCUCACCAUGGCUUGAGACCCAUUCUAAGAACCACUGGUGCCUUGUACUUGGCAUGGUCUUCAUUCAUAUUCUCCUGCGACCCCUUAUGGUUAUAAUGGAGGCCCAGAAGUCCCUCCAACUUUUGUUGUCUGUUUUUCAAUGACUGCCUUUUUGAAAGGUGCAGUCUCCAAGUAUUUAGUCAGACCAGCUAAACUAUUAAUCUCAUUGUAAGACAACAGUAAUGCUCAAAAUACAACAAAAAAACCCAGCAUUAAUCAGUAGUAGCUCUUCUGAGGACGAGUACAGCAGCUGGAGUUGGGCCAGUUUUCCAUUGAGCCUCAUUUAUUUCAUGCAUGCACGAAAUCAGUUAAGCAGCGGGUCAGAUAAAGAAAUAAGCGAUGAGUCAAAGAGAAGCUUGUCAGACUGUCGCCUCUCAGUACACUCAUCAGGAUGACUGUGUGUUGAUGUUUAACGCUCGAGUUAUUUACCGCGCGAGUAAAAAAUGCGUGUGCCGUGACCGCCUUUGGCGCGGCUCUCUCUCUCUCUCUGCAGAUCUGUCGGCUUCUAGGAACACAGUGUGUGGAAGCAAUUUGACUCUUGUAAACAGAAAUGAGAGGGGCGUUAUGCCGAUUUCAAAGAGCCGAGAAGGGAGAGAAAGAAAGAAAGAAAGAAAGAAAAAAAAGAUGGAGUUUUCCAGGAAGGAUGGAGAAGACUUGAAACGCAUGCACAUGUGUGGGCCCAUGUAUUUGGCAAUGUCAAAUUGAGGCUACUCUGGCUUUCUGAACAUGAAGUCCAUGGCGAGGUGUAGUGGUAACAUUACUCAAGUACUUUUCUAAUACUAUUCUUGAGUCUUUCCAUUGUAUAGACCUACUUCAUUUCCAUUGUAAAGGCCUACUUCAUCAAGAUAUUUAUUCACGUCUUGCAUUUUUUCCUCUCAUGUUUGUAUUAUAUUACUUCGUUUUUUUAAACCUUUUUUAUGUGUCUGUAUAUUCUUUUGUCUUUCAUGUCUUGUCUUAAUGCUUUUGAUGUCUUAUGCAAAGCACUUUGGAUUGCCUUGAAAGAAGCAACGAGUAAUCUUGUCCUCUCUUUGUAUUUCUAUUAAUUUGAAAGGGAAAUAUUACUUUGUAGUGCAUCCCAGUAGUAGAUUAACUACACUUACUCAAGAAGGCUUAUGCCUA